AUGCAUACUCAAGCUUCCAAAAACACGGCUCUUAAAAUUUUCGAUGUACCAGGACUCCUAACAAUUGACGACGAGGCAAUUAAACAAACUCUCGAAGCGUUUGAUGAGUGUUCUCUUUUAACUACCGGUGACAAAAUAACAGACGGCUUAAUUGAGAAAAUCACAGCCGAACGUAAAGUUAUCCGAGAUUUGUUUGAUAAGGGUGCAGAGAUUAGUAAACUUUCCGCUAAUUUAUCGAAGAAAAUAAUACAAUGUAUUAAGUCUUUUUCGGCCACUGGAUUUGAAAAUAAGACGGGUGAGGCUUUUGUCAACGCAGCUACUCGUAUUGCCGACGAGUCUCAAGAUCUUGCAAAGGAAUUUGAAGCCACCAUUCAAAGACUAAAAGGUAUUAUAAAUGAAAGCACCAAACACAGUCGAGAUAAUGAAUCUCAAAAAGCAACAUUAGAAACCGAGGGUGAAAAAUUAAACAAAACUGUCAAUAGAUUGGGCAAAGCGUCUAUCUUCUUGGGGGUUGCAGCGUUGGUUACUGCGCCAUUAACAAUUGGUGUUAGUUUGAUUGUGACUGGUGCUACUGUUGCUACAUUUACAACCAAGAAAUACAAAGAGAAAAAAGUUAACGAGAAAAUACAAGAAUUUGAAGAUGCUGAAAUUAGAAGUAUAGUACUUAAAUCUCUGAUUGAGAACAUGGGCAUCUCACUUUAUAAUGUAAAACAAUUUGAAAAUGUAUGGAGAAAUUUAGCCAGCGAAGCUAAACUGAGAAAAGAAGAUAGCCAAUUCGAACUUGAUAGUAUAGAAGAAUAUGGUGUUGUGAGUGAAGUGACCACAAACGACUUAAAAUUGAAAUGGGAAAAGAUGUAUCAAACUUUUGAAUCAUACGCGGAGAGUGUUCAAUCGAAAUUAGAUAACACCGUUUAA